AUGUCUACAGUGUUACCAUCUUCGCUUCAAGUGCCUCAGCUAGCCACAUCUAAUGGACUUCACCAUUCUACAGAUGAACUAUUGCAGUCAGCAGCUUUACUUAAAGCCAAGAAACUGAAAGACAGACUAAUUUCUGCAGUCCCCAAACAGACAGGCACAAAUCCACACGCUUUAAAAUUUGUACACCGCACCAAAGCACAAGAAAAAACUAGAAUAAGGCAGCAAGCUAUAAAGCUGGAACCUCUGCCUAUAUUAAAGACUUACCAGGAUCAAAAUCAGCCUGAAUAUAAACAUGAUAAGAAUAAAGAACAAUUAAUUAAUGCUGGAUGGCAACCUCCAGUGAGUUUGCUAGAGAAAAGGCGACUGACCUCUGUUGAACCAAUCGAGUCACCUUGUCAUCUUCCAGAACUCCCAAGCACCCUUAAAGAAAAACAGAUACAUUUGGACUAUGGUAGGACAUUAUCUCCUAAACCACCUAAACAGCCGCGUAUAUCUUCAGGAGGAUCUAGUACACGUCAAAUGCCUUUUCCUUUGUCUUUUAACUCACCAAGAGAAAUUAUUCAAGCAAAUGUUGAGGAUCCCUUGGAUAUCAUUCAGAUAAUUCGACAGAAUGUAAAACUUGGUUUUCUCUACAUGGCACCUGCUGUCCCAAAAUCAUCAAUCCAAUAUGGUGCAUAUAACCUGAAGAUUGUAACUUAUGAAAACAUCAAUAAGAAUGACUAUUAUACAAUAAGUCAAAGUGGGGUAACACAUAUGCAUGAUGGAGAAGUUGAAUUCCUGGAACUGGAUCGCUGGGAGCAAGAAUAUCUUUACUAUAAGAGGCUUAUCCAGAUCCCAACAUUUGCUUUGUUUCGUAAAUGGAAAGCAUUUGCUGUCUGGAGGAAAAAUGUACGCUCUAAAAAGAUCAAUGAGUGCCGGAAGUCUUUACAAGAGAACUUAUUUAUUGUCAACCAUUCUUUACGCCCUGCACUUCUUAACGUACGAGAAAUGUGCUAUCGAAUCAGUGAUAUGAGUCUUUGCAGGAUUGAGAAAGGACACGUAUAUACUCUGGAUGAGUUCAGAAAUGCACAACAUAAACAGCUUGAAGAGGUUGCUAAUCGUUUGUCUGAAUUCCGAGAGCUAGUCAAAGAAGUUGUAAGGACUGCUUGUCGUACCGCUUUACUCGAAGCUGGAUUCACACCUGAUGAUUACUUUACAGAUACAGAAGAUGCAGAGAUCCUAGCACAGAACCCUGGGCCUGCAAUGAUGACUGAUCUCCUUCAUUCUCAUUUUGAGAUGGACAUUUUUGGAGACUCACCUGAGAAGAUGACUUACACAGAGCAGGCUAACAAGAGGUCUCACUGCAGCAGGCUUACCUGUUUUGUUAGGUUAGCUGAUUACCUGAUCGUCAACACUAUGCACAUUCUGGCAGUGAAUUCAGUUACUGCUCUACUGAAGUAUUUAACAGAACAGUUAAAUCGAACUCCUCCUCCAGAAGUCAUCAGGACCUGGAAUGCCCAGGUGAGAGCCGCACUCUCCAAAGCUAAAAACACAGCAUCAAUGGGACCAGACGGUGAAGAGGAGGAACCAUCUAAUCCAAUGUUUCUUACAGAACUAAUAUUAGAUAUUCAGUCACUGCUUUUUCAACCAUCACUGGAGGAUUUCCAGGAUGGUAUUGCAGAAACUGUUCAACAGUUUCAGGAAACUGUUCUUUCAGUGUUUAAUCUUGUACCAGAUGCAUAUUUUAAUGCUUUUACGCAACCCAUCAUCAACAACAAAACCGAAGAGAAGACCUGUGGUGAUGGGCCUAGUUUAUCAACAAUAUUUGAAGAUGAUAACCAUUUGCUGUUCAUUACUCAGAAGAUAAAGGAAGCCAUACAGUCAGCAUUUGAUGCAGCCAGUAAUUAUGCAGAUACAUUUGAACAAUUCUACUUGUUUUAUAAAGAAAAUGAAAGUCUUGAUUUGGAUGAACUCAAAAAACAAGAGCAUGGUGUUGCCUUCUUUACAGAGCAGUUGGAAAAGUAUCACAAUGAGCAUAGAGCUGCACUUAGUAUUAGGCACAAGAAAAACUUGGGCAUGCUGCUAAUUGAUACAAUGCAACUCAAAAAUAAAAUAAUCCCAUCACCUUUACGCUGCUUAGAGGCUAUUAAUGACAUGCUUCCUGUUCUUGCAAAAAGAAAGAUGGAUGCUAUUAUUGCUGAAGCACAAGAUGCCCAAUUUAAACUGGAGUGUAUUCCAUCUUCAACUUCAGAGUAUGUCAGCAGCUUGUUAUUUCUUGACGAAAUACAGGACCGGGUUGAAAUCCUGGAAGAACAGGCUAAUGUUGUAGCACAGAUGUAUCAACUUAUUCAACAGUAUAGUGUCCCUACACCUCCUGAAGAUUUUGCUGUGUUUGCUACUCUCAGGCCUUCAGUAACUGCUGUUCGUAAUGGAAUUGAUAAAGCUGUAGGUGAACGGGAUGCUAAUGUUGAUAAAUUCUGUCAACGUCUGGACAAAGAUAUUUCAGGACUAAACAAAGAAGUGAAGAAUGUUAAACAACAAAUUCAGGAUCCUCUGAUUCUGGAUAUGUCUUCUGAAAAGACAAAAGUAAAACAAAUAUUAAAAGAACUGCAAGCAAUUAUUGAUGAUCUCCAGAAGCGUGCUUUCCAAUAUAAAUCAUACCAGAAGACUUUUAAGGUGGAAGUGACAAAAUAUGAGGCUCUGGAAGAAGUCAGCGCAGAGCUGAAACUGAAACAGCUGUUGUGGGAUUCCUUAGAUGAGUGGGAUGCUCUGCAGACUGAAUGGAUGAAUUGCAAAUUUGACAUCUUAGAUCCAGAACAACUGAACUCUCAAGUUGCAAAGUAUGUGAAGUUUGUGAGCCAGCUGGAAAAAGGUCUUCCUCCCAAUAACGUAGUGCCAAGACUAAAGGAGAAGGUGGAGAAAAUGAGGGAAAAGCUACCAGUAAUUGCUGAUCUGAGAAAUCCAUUCCUGAAGCCUCGGCACUGGGAUAUACUGGAAAACAUUGUUGAUGCCAAACUAAUUGAUAAUGAGAAUCCUUUGUCAUUAUCAAGGCUAGUUGAACUAAAAGCUUUUGAGUAUAGCCAAGAAAUACAAGAAGUUUCUGGUCAGGCUUCUGGAGAAGCUUCUUUGGAAACAAUUCUCAAAAAGGUUGAGGAUGCUUGGAAAACCACAGAAUUUGUGGUGCUGCCACACCGUGAUUCUAAAGAUGUUUUUAUUCUUGGAGGUACAGAUGAUGUUCAGGUCCUUCUUGAUGACAGUACCAUUAAUAUAGCAACAAUUGCCUCAUCACGGUAUGUGGGCCCUAUAAAAUUGCGUGUGGACGAAUGGCAAAAGCAGCUCAGUUUAUUUAAUCAAACACUAGAUGAGUGGCUUACAUGCCAGAGAAACUGGCUGUAUCUUGAAAGCAUAUUUAGUGCUCCAGAUAUUCAACGGCAACUGCCUGCAGAGGCAAAAAUGUUUUUGCAGGUUGACAAAUCCUGGAAAGACAUAAUGAGGAAAGUUAAUCGUCUUCCAAAUGCUUUGCGAGCAGCUACACAACCUGGCCUAUUAGAAAUGUUUCAGAAUAACAAUGCAUUGCUUGAUCAGAUUCAAAAAUGUCUUGAAGCCUACUUGGAGUCUAAGCGAGUAAUCUUCCCAAGAUUUUAUUUCUUGUCAAACGAUGAGCUGCUUGAAAUCCUUGCACAGACACGCAAUCCCCAGGCUGUACAACCACAUCUGAGGAAGUGCUUUGAUGCAAUUGCUAAGUUAGAGUUUGCACUUGCUUCCCAUUCUGAAGGCAAAGGUGCACCUCCCACAGAAGGUGACCAAGAGAAGGUGUUUACCAAUGAUAUUUUAGCUAUGCUGUCACCAGAAGGUGAACGGGUGAGUUUAGGAAAAGGACUCAAGGCAAGAGGGAAUGUUGAAGACUGGCUUGGUAAGGUGGAAGAAGCUAUGUUCACUUCUCUUCGACGCCUGAGUAAAGCUGCUAUAGCUGACUAUCAGAAUCGGCCAAGAGUAGAAUGGGUUGUUGCUGGUCAUCCUUCUCAGGUUGUACUCACAAUAUCUCAGCUUAUGUGGUGUCGUGACUUAACUCAGUGCUUAGAAGAGGAAAAAGAACAUUUGGCAAAUCUGGCUGAGUUUGAGAAGGUUAACUUUGAGAGGCUGAAUGCAUUGGCUGGAUUAGUUCGUGGCUACCUACCCAAACUUCAUCGAAAUAUUAUAACAGCGCUAAUAACUAUAGAUGUUCAUGCAAGAGAUAUAGUGAGUGAUCUUGUCAGAGAAAAGGUGGACAGUAGUACAAGUUUUGAAUGGCAGAGACAGCUGCGUUAUUACUGGGACCUAGAUCUGGACAACUGUGUUGCCAGGAUGGCAUUAUCUCAGUACACAUAUGGUUACGAAUAUCUAGGUGCCUGUCCUCGUCUGGUGAUAACCCCGCUAACUGAUCGCUGUUAUCUUUGCCUAAUGGGAGCCUUACAGCUUGACCUUGGUGGAGCUCCUGCUGGACCUGCUGGUACUGGAAAAACUGAAACAACUAAGGACCUGGCAAAGGCACUUGCUAUUCAGUGUGUUGUCUUCAAUUGUUCUGAUGGCUUGGACUACAAGAUGAUGGGUCGUUUUUUCAGUGGACUGGCUCAGUCUGGAGCCUGGUGCUGCUUUGAUGAAUUUAACAGAAUAGAUAUUGAAGUUUUGUCUGUCAUUGCUCAACAGCUGAUUACCAUCAGAAAUGCGAAAGCUGCAAAGCUUUCCAGAUUCAUGUUUGAGGGUCGUGAAAUAAAACUAAUUAUGACAUGUGCUGCAUUUAUUACAAUGAAUCCUGGGUAUGCCGGAAGGACAGAAUUACCAGAUAAUCUUAAGGCCCUUUUCAGACCAAUUGCAAUGAUGGUUCCAAACUAUGCACUUAUUGCAGAGGUUAUUUUGUAUUCAGAAGGCUUUGAAUCAAGCAAAAUCCUUGCAAGGAAGAUGACUCAGAUGUAUAAACUGUGCAGUGAACAGCUGUCUCAGCAGGACCAUUAUGAUUUUGGAAUGAGAGCAGUGAAAUCUGUACUGGUCAUGGCUGGCUCACUGAAGAGGGAAAACCCCCAUUUGAAUGAAGAUGUUGUGCUAAUCAGAGCUUUAAGGGAUUCAAAUCUACCUAAAUUUCUUAAGGAUGAUGCUGUUCUUUUCAGUGGUAUCCUUUCUGAUCUGUUUCCUGGUGUUGCCAUUCCAGAACAUGACUAUGGCAUUUUGAAGUCAACCAUCAUCGAUAUGAUACUUGCACGAAGCCUGCAACCUGAAGCUUGUAUGAUUCUUAAAGUUAUUCAGCUGUAUGAAACAAUGCUCGUAAGACAUGGAGUUAUGCUAGUGGGACCAACUGGGGGAGGAAAAACUACAGUAUACAAGAUUCUUGCAGACACAUUAGGAACUCUGCACAAUGCUGGUGAAAACAAUGCAAACUAUCAACCUGUAAAAACCUACGUACUAAACCCCAAAUCAAUUACAAUGGGAGAGUUAUAUGGUGAAGUUAACACUUUAACUCUGGAGUGGAGGGAUGGCUUGAUGGGCCUUAGUGUCAGAGCAGCUGUCAAUGAUACAUCAGAGGAUCAUAAGUGGAUUAUUUGUGAUGGACCAGUAGAUGCUCUUUGGAUUGAAAACUUGAAUACAGUUCUGGAUGAUAACAAGAUGCUUUGCUUGGCAAACAGCGAACGAAUUAAACUAACACCUCAAAUUCAUAUGGUGUUUGAGGUGCAAGAUUUAAAAGUUGCAUCUCCUGCAACUGUAAGCAGAUGUGGAAUGGUAUUUAUCGACUCAGAGGAACUUAAAUGGAUGCCAUAUGUACAGACAUGGAUGGCUGGUCUUUCAGAUAAAUUAAAUAAUGAGACACGGCAGUAUAUUUUGGAUCUCUUUAAUCGGUAUGUUGAUGACGGGCUAAAGUUUAUCAAAAAGAAGUGUACACAGAUAGUUCAUCAAGUUGACAUCAGUAAAGUUACCACUCUCUGUUGUUUACUGGAAUCUUUACUUACUGGAAAGAGAGGACCUGACCUUAAAAUGGAACAGACUCGGCUUAACAACAUAUUGUGCCAGACUUUUGUUUUCAGUUAUUUAUGGUCUUUGGGUGGAAACCUGACUGAAAAUUGUUGGGAUGCCUUUGAUUCAUUUAUUAGACAGCAAUUUGAAGACAAUACUGAUGCCAAGCUUCCAACAACUUGUGAUUUGUGGAGUCUUUAUAUGGAUUUUGACUCAAAACGUCUGGAUCCGUGGGAAAAGAUUAUUCCAGCUUUUAGAUACAGCAGUGAGAUCCCCUUUUUUGAAAUGCUUGUUCCUACCAAUGACACAGUACGUUUUGGUUAUCUAAUGGAAAAAUUGCUAGCUGUGAAGCAUUCUGUGCUUUUCACUGGUGUUACUGGUGUUGGCAAGUCGGUGGUUGCCAGAGGAUUGCUAAACAGCAUUCAGAAUGAAGCACAUUAUGUUCCUGUAUAUAUAAAUUUCUCAGCUCAAACAUCUUCAGCAAGAACACAGGAAAUUAUUGAGUCAAAACUAGAAAAGAAAAGGAAAAAUAUAAUUGGAGCACCAGGAAAUAAGAGAGUAAUUAUCUUUGUGGAUGAUCUGAACAUGCCCAAGCUGGAUCGCUAUGGCUCCCAACCUCCUAUUGAACUUCUCAGGCAGUACCAAGAUUUUGGUGGAUUUUAUGACAGAGAAAAACUUUUCUGGAAAGAAAUUCAGGAUGUGACAAUUGCAGCAGCAUGUGCUCCUCCAGGUGGUGGUCGUAAUCCUGUAACUCCUCGAUUCAUCAGACAUUUCAGCAUGCUAAGCCUACCGACUCCUUCUGAACAUAGUCUCAAACAAAUUUUUCAGGCUAUCUUGAAUGGCUUUUUGGCUGAAUUUCCUUCAGCAGUGAAACAGACAUCAACAAGUAUAGUGGAAGCAGCAGUUGAAAUUUAUCAUCGAAUGAGUAUUGACCUUCUACCCACACCUGCAAAAUCACAUUAUGUCUUUAAUUUGCGAGAUUUGUCAAAGUGUGUACAGGGUAUUCUUCAGUGUGACUCAGGCACAGUGAGAGAUCAAAACCAAAUAUUCAGACUGUUUUGUCAUGAAUGUGAAAGAGUAUUUCAUGACCGUUUAAUCAACAAUGAAGACAAAAAUUAUUUCAAUGCUAUGUUAGCAGAGAUGGCUGGAAAAUAUUUUGGUGUCCAGAUCGAAUCAGAGUACUUUGUCACCAAGCCAAUUAUUUUUGGAGACUUCAUAAAGGUUGGAGCUGAAAAGGGUGAUCGAGUAUAUGAGGACCUGACUGACAUGGAGAAGAUAAGAACAGUUCUUCAGGACUAUCUUGAUGAUUACAACAUGACAAAUGCCAAAGAAACAAAACUUGUAUUCUUCCAAGAUGCUGUAGAACAUGUUUCCAGAAUUGCUCGAAUGAUUCGCCAGGAAAGAGGAAAUGCCCUUCUUGUUGGUGUUGGAGGCACAGGCAAGCAGUCACUUACAAGACUUGCCAGCCAUAUGUGUGGUUACAAAUGCUUUCAAAUUGAAUUGAGCCGGGGUUAUAACUAUGAAAGCUUCCAUGAGGAUUUAAGAAAGCUUUAUAAAAUGGCAGGAGUAGAAGACAAAGAUAUGGUCUUUCUUUUCACAGACACGCAGAUUGUUGUUGAGGAAUUUUUAGAAGACAUAAACAAUAUAUUAAACUCUGGAGAGGUACCUAACCUGUUUGAGAAAGAUGAUCUGGAACAAGUUCUUGGAGCAACAAGACCUAAAGCAAAACAAGCAGGAAUAUCUGAGGGGAACAGAGAUGAGGUUUUUCAAUAUUUCAUCAACCGUGUGCGACAGAAAUUACACAUUGUGCUAUGCAUGAGCCCAGUUGGAGAGGCAUUUCGAUCAAGGUGUCGAAUGUUUCCAUCUCUUGUAAACUGCUGUACCAUUGACUGGUUUGUACAGUGGCCACGGGAAGCACUUCUUUCAGUAUCGAAAACAUUCUUCACUAACAUUGACCUUGGCAAAGAUGAAAUGAAAGAGAGAUUUUCAGAAAUGUGUGUAGAAAUUCAUAUGAGUGUAAGCAAAAUGGCAGAGCAGUAUUAUGCUGAACUAAGAAGACGUUAUUACACAACUCCCACUUCAUACUUAGAAUUAAUCAACCUAUAUUUAUCAAUGCUGGGGGACAAAAGGAACCAGCUUGUUUUGUCUCGGGAUCGUGUGAAAAAUGGCUUAACAAAACUACUUGAAACAAACAUCUUGGUCGAAAACAUGAAAGCUGAACUCUCUGCAUUAGAGCCUGUACUCAAACAAAAAUCUGUGGAUGUAAAUGCACUAAUGGAAAGGCUGACAGUGGACCAAGAAAAGGCAGAUCAGGUCCGUCGAAUUGUUAAAGAAGAUGAAGCAGUUGCAAAAGUUAAGGCAGAGGAAACGCAAGCUAUUGCUGAUGAUGCUCAGCGGGAUCUGGAUGAAGCUCUGCCAGCCCUAGAUUCAGCAAACAAAGCUCUUGACUCAUUGGAUAAGGCAGAUAUAUCCGAAGUCCGAGUUUUCACCAAACCUCCAGACCUAGUAAUGACAGUUAUGGAAGCCAUCUGCAUUCUGUUAAACUCAAAACCUGACUGGGCAUCAGCAAAGCAAGUUCUUGGGGAUGGUAACUUCCUAAAGAAGCUUUUGGAAUAUGAUAAAGACAAUAUAAAGCCUCAGAUUCUACAAAAGCUGCAUAAGUACAUUAAUAACCCUGAAUUUGUGCCAGAAAAGGUAGAAAAGGUGUCAAAAGCAUGCAAGUCGAUGUGUAUGUGGGUACGAGCUAUGGACUUGUACUCUCGAGUGCUUAAAGAAGUUGAGCCAAAAAGGCAAAAGCUCGCUGCAGCACAGGCAGAACUUGAUGCUACUAUGUCUACCCUGCGUGACAAACAAAAAAGACUGAAAGAAGUGGAAGACCAGAUUCAGCAACUUCAAGAUCAGUAUGAAACAAGUGUCACUGAAAAGGAAAGCCUCGCCAAGACAAUGGCACUUACACAGGGUCGACUUACUCGAGCCGGAAAGCUUACAGCUGCCUUAGGAGAUGAACAGAUCCGUUGGCAAGAGAGCAUUACUCUCUUUGAAGAGGAAAUUUCAAAUGUUAUUGGAAAUGUCUUCAUAGCAGCUGCUUGUGUUGCUUAUUAUGGAGCUUUUACAGCAUAUUAUAGACAGUUGCUAAUAGAUCACUGGAUAAAGCGCUGCCAAGAGCUGAAGAUUCCAAUCAGCCCCAAUUUCAGUCUUACAAACAUUUUGGGAGACCCUUAUGAAAUUCGUCAGUGGAAUGCUGAUGGCUUACCACGUGACAAUGUGUCAAUAGAAAAUGGAAUCCUUGUUACUCGGGGACGACGUUGGCCACUAAUGAUUGAUCCUCAAGAUCAGGCAAAUCGAUGGAUACGUAACAAAGAAAUAAAAAAUGGCCUCAAGGUAAUAAAGCUUACAGAUUCUGGUUUCUUGCGAACCUUAGAAAAUGCUAUCCGACUUGGCUUACCUGUGCUACUAGAGGAGCUCAAGGAAUCCUUAGAUCCUGCUCUGGAACCAGUUUUGCUGAAGCAGACAUUUGUUUCUGGUGGACGAACCCUAAUUCGCCUUGGAGACUCUGAUAUUGACUAUGAUAAAAACUUUAGAUUCUACAUGACUACUAAGAUGGCUAACCCACACUAUCUUCCUGAGGUGUGUAUUAAAGUCACCAUCAUCAACUUUACUGUGACAAGAUCUGGUUUGGAAGAUCAGCUUCUUAGUGAUGUAGUUAGACUGGAGAGACCUGAUCUUGAAGAACAAAGAAAUCAGCUCAUUAUAAGAAUUAACACUGAUAAGAAUCAGCUAAAAGCAAUAGAAGACAGGAUUUUAAAGCUGUUGUUUGCUUCUGAAGGAAACAUUUUGGACAAUGAAGAAUUAAUUAAUACACUGCAACAGUCUAAGAUUACUUCAGGUGCCAUCAAAAGUAGAUUAAAAGAAGCUGAGGCAACCGAAGAAAAAAUAAAUGCUGCUCGUGAAAAAUAUCGUCCAGUAGCUACUCAAGGAUCAGUUAUGUAUUUUGUAGUUGCAAGCUUGUCAGAGAUGGAUCCCAUGUACCAGUAUUCUCUGAAGUACUUCAAACAGUUGUUUAACACAACUAUAGAAACAUCUGAGAAAACGGAUGAUCUAAGUCAGCGUCUAACUACCUUACUUAAUGAAACUUUAUUAACCAUGUAUACAAAUGUAUCAAGAGGACUUUUUGAACAGUGCAAGCUCAUCUACAGCUUUAUGUUGUGUGUGGAAAUCAUGCGUCAGAAGGGAGAAAUUACUGGAGCUGAAUGGAACUUUUUUCUCAGAGGAGCUGCUGGAUUAGAUAAGGAACAUCCUGUUAAGCCUGAUGUUGACUGGCUUGACCAAACCACCUGGAAUACUUGCUGUGAUCUGGAACAAAGCUUGCCAGCUUUCAAAGGAAUCAAAAAGGAAAUUGUAGCUACUCAUUUACAUGUUACAUUAGGAUCUCUGAAGAUUCAGAUCAACCCAGAGUCUUUUGAAGGCUAUGUUCCUGAAUUGCCAACAUAUGAAGAUCAGCCACAAGAUCAGAAUGACAAUUUGAUCAGAGGUCACUGGAAUAAAAGACUCACUGCAUUCCAGAAAUUAAUCUUCACUAAAAGCUUUCUCGAAGAAAAGGUGGUGCUGGCAAUUACAGAAUUUGUCAUUGAAAACCUUGGGAAGCAGUUUGUAGAAAAUCCACCAGUAGAUCUGGGUACUCUUUAUCAAAACAUGUCUCCUUCUACUCCAUUGAUUUUUAUUCUCAGCACAGGCUCUGAUCCCAUGGGAGCAUUUCAGAGAUUUGCAAGAGAACAAGGCUAUUCCGACAAGGUACAGUCCAUUUCAUUAGGACAAGGGCAAGGACCCAUUGCUGAAAAGAUGAUAAAAAGUGCAAUGAAGUCAGGAAACUGGAUAUUUCUGCAGAACUGUCACCUUGCUGUUUCAUGGAUGCUCCCUUUAGAAGAACUGAUUAAAAGUUUUACUGAACCAGAUGCAGCUCUUCAUCAGGACUUUCGACUUUUCCUAAGCUCUAUGCCAAGCAAAACAUUCCCUGUCACUGUUCUUCAGAACUCUGUUAAGGUCACUAAUGAACCUCCAAAAGGUAUUCGGGCAAAUAUUAGAAGGGCUUUUACAGAAAUUACUAACACAUUUUUUGAAGAACAUAUCCUAGCCAGGACAUGGAGGAAAGUAGUUUUUGGAAUAUGCUUUUUCCAUGCUGUGAUUCAGGAAAGGAAGAAGUUUGGUCCACUGGGCUGGAACAUCAGAUAUGAAUUUAAUGACAGCGACAGAGAAUGUGCCUUGCUUAAUCUGAAUCUUUAUUGUCAAGAAGGACUGGUACCAUGGGAUGCUUUAAUCUAUAUCACAGGUGAAAUUACAUAUGGAGGAAGAGUUACAGAUGCAUGGGAUCAAAGAUGUUUACGCACAGUCUUGAAGAGAUUCUUCUCACCCGAGACGCUGGAAACUGGAUACAUAUACUCUCCAUCAGGAAUCUAUUUUGCUCCUGAGACUGCCACACUGCAAGACUAUAAAGAGUACAUAGAGAAUCUACCUUUGAUUGACGAGCCAGAAAUAUUUGGCAUGCAUGAAAAUGCCAAUUUAGCUUUCCAGCGCCAGGAGACCGGCAGCCUUAUAAAUGCCAUACUUGAGGUUCAGCCAAGAUCUGCUGCACAUGGGGCAGGCAAAAGCAAUGAUGAAAUUGUAAAUGAACUUGCUGAUUCCAUCUUAUCAAAGCUUCCAGAUAAACUAGAACUGGAUGGGGCCUCUGAAACUCUGUUUGAUAAAGAUUCGAUGGGACGCUUGAAUUCACUGACUACUGUAUUGGGACAAGAAGUGGAUAGAUUUAAUAAUCUUUUGAAAGUACUGAAGGCCUCCCUGAGUACAUUAAAAAAGGCUAUUGCUGGAUUUGUGGUUAUGUCAGAAGAGAUGGAAAAGGUAUAUAACAGCUUUCUGGACAACCAAGUGCCAACACUGUGGGCCAAUGCAGCAUACCCAUCUCUAAAACCUUUAGGAGGAUGGGUAAAAGAUCUUGCUCUAAGGACAGCAUUUAUAGAUACAUGGAUCAAAAGAGGUCAACCCAAAUCUUUCUGGAUCUCAGGAUUUUUUUUUCCACAAGGAUUUUUAACAGGAACUCUUCAAAACCAUGCUCGGAAGUACAAUUUGCCAAUUGAUGAACUGAAUUUCCAGUUUAGUGUUAUACCUGUAUACAGGGAACAAGCUGAGAUUUCUGAAGCCAUAAAAAGCUUGCAGUUUGGACAAGAACUGGAUGCAGACAAAGUGCUUCCAGCUCCUGAAGAUGGAGUACUGGUCCAUGGAAUGUACAUGGAUGCCUGCUGCUGGGAUGAUGAAGAGAUGGUGAUUGAAGAUGCUUUGCCAAGACAAAUGAAUCCAAGGCUACCAGUGGUGCAUUUUGAGCCACAGCAGAAUUAUAUUGCCGAUCCAUCACUGUACCAAGCUCCACUGUACAAAACUGCUGCAAGAGCAGGAACAUUGUCUACUACAGGACACUCCACAAACUUUGUUGUAACAGUGUUACUGCCAUCAAAGAGACACAGUGACUAUUGGAUAUCGAAAGGUUCUGCCCUGCUUUGCCAGCUUAGUGAAUAAGCUUCAUUGUUCUUGUAAAUCUAAAAUAUAACUCUAACAUGUAAUACUAAAGUAAUAGUCACUUUAUUAUUCCCUAUGUUGUCAUAAAUAAAUAUGUAUCUGCCUACAUGUUGUCCUAAAUAAAUAUGUAUCUGUAACUCA